AUGUUAGUGGGUUCCACUAUUUUUGCAGACAAGACGUUUACGCUUGUCGAGGCACGAUACCUCGCACUAUUUAUAGACUUAGAUGGCUUAUCAGGAUACAGUUGGGGAGUAGCUGCGUUGGUUACUCUUUAUAGAUAUCUUGGAGAUGCUUCCAUGUUUAGUUGUAAGCAGCUUGGUGGUUAUCCGACUCUCUUACAGUGUUGGAUUCAUGAGUAUUUUCCAACACUUGGAAAAAGAGGAGAGAACUGGAUUCCAGCUAAUAAUGUGGGUCUCCCUCGAGCGAUGAGAUGGUCCUAUAGGCAAGGUGACUUGAAGGUGGAUGACUUGCGACCUAUUUUGGACGAGCUGACACCUGCCGAUGUCAUAUGGCACCCAUUCGAGAAUCAUAGAGUAUGGCAUCAGUUUGAUGAAUUAUGUCUAUAUAAGGGGUGUCUGAGGUGGGGUGACACUAUUGUUCCAUACUUGCUUGACAGAUGUAUGCGUCAGUUUGGAUACAGGCAGUAUGUUCCACAUCCACCUCUUGAUUCUCGAAUGGCUGGUGAUAUUGAUGUUGACUGGAUUAGUUACCAUCAGAGCGUUCAGGAUGUGAUUCAUUCGAAAGCACCAGCCACUACCCCAUAUGAGACAGAUGAUGGAUAUCUUGAGUGGUAUUAUCGUGUUUCGCAUCCUCGUCUGGUACCGUCCAAUCGUGAUGCGACAACAGAGAUGCCAGUUCCUGUAUAUGAAACAGGACCAUCUGAUCAUAUAUUGGCUCGUAUGUCUUCAUUAAUUCAUCGUUAUCUUCAACAGGCUGGUGUUGAAGAGGAUGACCCACAGUUUACUGAUUUGUUCGAAGCUUUACAUCUUGGUGGAUCAUAG